CUCAACACUGAUCAUGUGCCUCAGCCUCUGGCUCGCACAGUGCUGCAGCAGGAAGUCAGCCCUGUUCUCUAACCCCUUUCUCUCCUCUCCCUUGCUUCUCUUUUCUCCCUGCUCCUGACACCCUAUUCACACCCUCUCUUCCCCUCCUCCUCCUCUUCCUCUUUUUCUUUCUCUCUCUGCUCCAGCUCUCACCUCUCCUCUGCCAGGCGUGAGAACAGCCUGUAUGCGUGGAGGGCUGUAGCCGAAGAGGGAAGAAGCUGGCUUGGUGAAGACAGGGAUCAGCAACCAGCACCAGGACAGGCUCCCGCUCUGCUUGCUUCUCCUCGGCCAGGGAGAGCUCGCCAUGGAGGCCCUGGUGAGGGAGAGGGAGCUGUUGCUGGAAGACAAGCCCCCACCUCCUCCUACGCUCACCCCAGCCGUGCCUCACUAUGUUACGCUGGGGCUGACAGUGGUGUACACUGUCUUCUACUCUCUGCUCUUCAUCUUCAUCUACAUCCAGCUCUGGCUGGUCCUGCGUUACCGACACAAGCGCUUCAGCUACCAGACUGUGUUCCUGUUCCUGUGCCUGCUGUGGUCGGCCCUGCGCACUGUGCUCUUCUCCUUCUACUAUAAGAACUUUGUGACAGCCAACACGCUGGGUCCCUUUCCAUUCUGGCUGCUCUACUGCUUUCCUGUCUGCCUGCAGUUCUUCACUCUCAGUCUCAUGAACCUUUACUUUGCACAGGUUGUUUUCAAGGCAAAGUCAAAGUACGCACCAGAGCUUUUGAGAUACAGGCUGCCCCUCUACUUGCUCUUCCUCUUUAUCAGCCUGGUGUUUCUGGUCGUCAAUUUGGCAUGUGCCCUGCUGGUGAGGAUGUCCUCUGCAGAAACACAGACCAUCGUGUUAGUGAGGGUGGCGAUCAAUGACACCCUCUUUGUCCUGUGUGCUGUCUCACUCUCCCUGUGCCUUUACAAAAUUGCCAAGAUGUCGCUGGCCAACAUUUACCUGGAGUCCAAGGGGACAUCGGUGUGCCAGGUGACAGCGAUAGGAGCCAUCGUCAUCCUCCUGUACACAUCCAGAGCCUGCUACAACCUGGUGGUGCUGGCCGUCUCCAACAAGAAAAUUAACUCCUUCGACUACGACUGGUAUAAUGUCUCAGACCAGGCAGACUUGCAGUCGACUCUGGGCGACGGCGGCUACAUCGUCUUCGGGGUGAUCUUGUUCGUGUGGGAGCUGCUCCCCACUGCUCUGGUGGUUUUCUUCUUCAGAGUCCGGCGGCCUAACCAAGACAGGAGUGGCUCGGGGCUUCCAGGUCACGUCUUCUCCUCCAGGGCUUAUUUCUUUGACAACCCACGGCGCUACGACAGUGACGAUGACCUGGCAUGGAGCAUCAUCCCUCAAAACAUUCAAGCCAGUUUGGCUGCUGAUGGUUAUGAGUGGGGCAGCCGAAGCAGCAGCAUCAAUGCCUACAUCGGAGACGAGGCUCACCACCUCCCCCCGCCUCCAGAGGAGCUCAACCCGUACUGACCGCAGCUCCUACUGACUCCCUCUCACCUGUGGCUGUUUUUUUUUUUUUUGUUUUUUUUUGCACUCUUCCUCACUGACGACCUCGCAGGCGGCCAAGCGGAGGCACACGGGGCCCAACGCUGCCCGCAUCGUCAUUCCUUCUAUUUUCUAUUUUGUCUAGAAAAACAGACUCAACUGACUUUUUUCACGGCCAGUACCGGUAUAAAUGAAAAAUCCUCUUGUUGGGGUAUUCCUUUGCACACUGUUUGCACAAAAAAAAGUUUUUUUUUUUUUUUUUUUUUUUUCCAGAUUCUGACUCUUUGUGUAUGUUUUCCACUGUAUAGUUUACCAGAAUACUGCUUAAUAUAUUUCUCAAACUUUUUAUGUAAUAUGUGCUGUAUUAUUUUAAUGUGCUGCAUAUGGACAUGUACUCUUUCAUACAGAUUUGUCUAUAUUUAGAUGAGAGAUUAAUUUAGUUCAUAAUAAAGACGGUUUAC